GCUGGAAUUUCAAACGGUCAAACUCAAAACUAGGCGGUUGUAUCUAGAUGUAGUGCUCGGAAAUCGUCAACAACGCGUGCGAGCUAUGUCAAUCGGUAUUUACAACGAUAUAUUAAAACUGGUGCGUUUUACGGUGGUUCAGUAAAUUCGACGGACGCAGGAUCAAAUUGGUACUUGGCCAUUGCGAGUUGGUAGCCUCAAGCUGUCGAAAUGACAACUUCUCUGUCGAUAUUGGCCUCUCACGAUGAGCUGGUGCGUUGUACCAACGUACUCGUCAACGGAUCGUGCGAAGAAGAAUUUCUGCGCUUUGCUAUCAAUCAGGAAGAGAUGCGACAAAAAUGGUUGGCGUCUGUGCAGGAAUGCCAGCGACUUCAUUCUGCUUUGGAAAAAUCUCAUUUAGAGGCGGCAGAUCUAGAAAGAAAACUAAGUCAUGCUCGUCGACUACUUGACGAGGAGAAACGACGACGACGCAUCGUUGAAGAUCAACGUAACUCGUUGGAAAGACAAAUUUCCAUGGUUCGUGACUUGUUCCUACACGAUGGAGGUAGAAACUUGAAUGAUGAAACACGCGAAAAGUUACAAUUCCUCAAUAAUACAACAUUGAAUAAUCGCAGCAGCAACGUCCAUUUGAAAGACUUGCAUCACACUGAUAAGCUUAAUACAAUAGCAGAAUUGGAUUCUACCGGGUCUCUGCUCAGCGAUCUGAGUUGUUUUUCAAAAUCAGAGGACGACUUGGACGCGAGUGUAAUGCUCCAGCAAAAUCAAAAGAAACGCGAAUGGAAAGAGCACAGGCCAAGUGGGGAAUAUUCGGCCAAAAAAAGACGCAGCAGCAUUCAGAAAGCUGUAGACUUAAAUACAUCAGAUCGGAUAGUAGCGACAACUACUGUUGUUCUGCCCAAGGAUGGACCCAUCACAGCAUCUUCUGUGAUUGAAGCAAUGCCUGGGAAUGAAAAUCAAGAUCCAAAUACCCAAAUACAGACUCCCCACAAACAUCGCAAAAGCACUGACCGCUCCAGACAGAAAAGUUCACACGUGGAUGCAAAAAAUCCAUUGAUGGAUGUGGAGCCUUCAGCCCCAAAAGCCGACAUCAUGACUUCCGGUUCAGAUUCCGAAGGUGUAUUCAAGCCCAGCCCUAAUAUCGGUGGAUAUACUUUGAACACUAAAUCGUCCAGGGGUCACACUUUCACAGCAAAGACUGUUAUCAAGCCAGAAGUAUGCACUCCUUGUGGAAAACGAAUUCGAUUCGGACGUGUGGCUUUGAAAUGCAGAGAGUGCAGAGCUACUUCUCACGCUGAAUGUAAAGACCUAGUACCAUUGCCGUGCGUACCUGCAGGAAAUACCCCGACUUUACGUGGAACGUCUGGUACAAUCGCAGACUACACCCCCAUGAUACCACCCAUGGUGCCAUCGCUGGUGGUACACUGUAUAAAUGAGGUUGAACUGAGGGGAAUGGGCGAACAAGGUUUAUACAGGGUGAAUGGCGGUUCGAGUGACGUUAAAUGCUUGAAGGAGAAGUUUUUGAAAGGAAAAGGUGCCCCCAACCUUUCCGACAUCGAUAUACCGACUAUUUGUUCAACUUUGAAAGACUUCUUGAGAACUCUUCGCGAACCUUUGAUAACAGUCGGACUAUGGGGAGAUUUUGCAAGGGCGACGGCCAUCUCUGACAAACAGGAUGCUGACGCUGCUCUUUACCAAGCGAUAUCGGAAUUACCGCAACCAAAUCGCGAUACAUUAGCAUUCUUGAUCCUCCACUUGCAGCGAGUGUCGAGCAGUCCAGAAUGCAAAAUGCCGAUCACUAAUCUUGCCAAAGUAUUCGGACCAACUCUUGUCGGCUAUAGCUGUCAGGAACCUUCUCCAAACUCAAUGCUCAGCGAAACGAAAAGCCAAGUUGCAAUAGUGGAAAGUCUGUUAAAGAUUCCGUCAGAUUAUUGGGCGAAUUUCGUCAACUCUGAAGGACUAAACGCAGUGGGCACACCGAAAACUGGGGAACUUAGACACACUCCGUCUACAGAGUCACUUUUAAAAAGAACAGCAUCGAGGGGAUUUUUUAAUACUCCUAUCAGUUCAAGCCGAACGUUCAUGAGGAAAAACAAAAAAUAUUUUGCAACACCACCAUCAAAAAGCGCGUACUAAAACGGUGAAUGGCUUUACAAUUUAUUUUUUUUUCUCCCACUUUUUAUAAAUUACGGGUGUAAUCAUUAGCUUAGAAU